AUGUCGUCUUGGGAUUCCUAUGAGACCUCUGGUGCAGCAGCACCUGACGACUGGUCUGAGAUCACCAUCGGUCACACCCUCCAGGGUCAGACCGAUUCCUACUACGUCCAGGACUGGCUCGGUGAGGGCGGCUUUGGUCGUGUCGCCAAAUGCCAGGCCCUGAGCAGGAAGCAGACUGUGGCUGUGAAAAUGUUGAAAGACCACACCGAGAGCAUGGAAGCAGAGAUUUCCAUGUUGGAGAAGGUCAGACUCCUCGACCCGGAGCGUGUGAACCUGGUGCACUUUGUGGAGUGUUUCCAGUUCAUGGGGGUGAAUUGUCUCGCCUUGGAAAUGCUUGAUGUCGAUCUGUACACGUUCAUGAGCAGAAGAUGUUUCGUACCUCUGCAAAUGAGCGAGAUUCGGCCGAUUGCCCAACAGUUGUUGGUGGCUUUAGACGCCCUUAAAGGUGCAGGGAUCCUCCACUGUGACAUCAAACCCGACAACGUCAUGUUCACAAACCUGGAGGAGCAAUCUCUGAGGAUCAAGCUCAUUGACUUUGGAGAAGCCAUGAGCAUCUGUGAGGCUCAGCCAGGGAUGGACAUCCAGGCUCUUGGCUACAGAGCUCCUGAGAUCUCACUCGGUCUCCCGUUCACCGAGGCUGUGGACGCGUGGGGGGUGGGCUGCCUCUUGGCCUACCUCUACCUCGCAGACAACCUUUUCCCUGUCCACUGUGAGUAUCAACUCAUGAAACGCACGGUGGAACUUCUGGGGAAACCUGCUGACCACCUGCUGCAGAAGGGGAAGUACUCUGACUACUUCUUCCAUGAAGUCCUGACCACCGAGGGAACCCACUGGAGACUUUUGGUACUUCUUCAGUUGUGUUUUGUGAUGUGUCUGAUUUUCAUGUGCUGGUUCAGUUGA